GGCCAUUGGGUCGACCGUUCGGGAGUCCGUCCGCGCUUGGCGGGACUUGGACGGCGCCAAUCACGGGGAAACGUGGGUGUGAUUCAUUCGCGCGCGUUUAUGACAUUCGCCCUCUCUCUCCCCCCCUCGCUCUUUCCUACGGCCUGCAAUUCGUGCUCCUCCAUGCUUCGUGCUUUCUCUGGCUUCUCCGGUGGCCUGUUAUCUCGCUCUACUAUCCUUCCUCGGUCUACGAGUCGAUCAGCAUUCUUCCAGGGCGCCUGUCGGAAUUAUACAAUGGCGAUUAGCAACGGCGCAAACGGAGUCACUGACUCACGGCCCGUGUUCUUCUUUGACAUUGACAAUUGUCUAUAUUCGAAAGGUUCGAGGCCAAUAUCCCACCAGAUCAACCAAUGCAAUACUGACCGGCGGGAGCAGGAUGUAAUAUUCAUGAUGAGAUGCAAAAACUGAUAAACAAGUUUUUCGUCAAGCACCUCGACCUCAGCACGGAGGAUGCGCACAUGCUCCACCAGAAGUACUACAAGGAGUAUGGUCUUGCAAUUGAGGGCCUCACCCGCCACCACAAGAUCGACCCGCUCGAGUUCAACUACGAAGUCGAUGAUGCUCUUCCCCUCGAUGCUAUCUUGAAGCCUGACCCCAAACUGCGCAAGCUACUGGAGAGGCUGGAUACAACCAAGGUGAAGCCUUGGCUACUUACGAACGCCUAUGUGAGCCACGGGAAACGGGUCGUCAAGUUACUAGGAGUGGAGGAUCUAUUUGAAGGGAUCACCUACUGCGACUACGGCCAGUUACCAUUGAUUUGCAAGCCCAGCCAAGAAAUGUAUGCAAAGGCGGAGAAAGAAGCCGGUGCUCCCAGCACCGAGUCUUGCUAUUUUGUUGAUGACUCUCACCUCAAUUGCAGACAUGCUGAAGCUCGAGGCUGGACUACCAUUCACUUGGUGGAACCCGGGACCCCUACUCCCCGUAUCCCGGCUUCGAAAUACUCGGUCUCAAGUCUGCACGAGCUGCCAGCGCAUUUCCCGGAUGUCUUCAAGAACCCAGAGGCUGAUGCUGCUUAGAGUAUAUACGACAUGAUGCGUGCAGCAAGAUUCAUUUUCCAUAGAGACUUUGGGAGCAACUUUAGAUUCACGGGCGCUACGAGUAUAUAAUUGACGACUAUUUUACCCUUCCAAAGACUUGUUAUAACGGAAAAAUAUAGAGGAUUACUCAUUACAAAG